AUGGCGAUCCAAAAGAAGCACGGAAAAGGUCGUCUCGACAAAUGGUACAAGCUCGCAAAAGAGAAGGGCUACCGUGCGCGUGCCGCCUUCAAGCUGAUCCAGCUGAACAAGAAAUACAACUUCUUGGAGAAGAGCAAGGUCUUGAUCGAUCUUUGCGCUGCGCCAGGAUCAUGGUGUCAAGUCGCUUCCGAGGUCAUGCCCGCGCAAUCCCUCAUCGUCGGUGUCGAUCUUGCGCCAAUCAAGCCUAUCCCGCGAUGCAUCACCUUCCAGAGCGACAUUACGACCGACAAAUGCCGAGCGACUCUGCGCCAACAUCUCAAGCAUUUCAAGGCGGACACGGUUCUUCACGAUGGUGCGCCCAACGUCGGUACUGCUUGGGUGCAAGAUGCCUUUACACAGGCUGAGCUGGUGCUCCAAUCUAUGAAGCUGGCGACAGAGUUCCUGGUAGAGGGCGGUACAUUCGUCACAAAGGUCUUCCGAUCGAAAGACUACAACUCCCUGCUCUGGGUGUUCAACCAACUUUUCACAAAGGUCGAGGCUACCAAGCCACCGUCGAGUCGAAAUGUCUCUGCCGAAAUCUUCGUCGUCUGUCGUGGCUACAAGGCGCCAAAGAACCUCGACCCCAAGUUUCUCGACGCCCGCUCCGUCUUUGCAGAGCUUGCAGAGCCCGCCCCCAACAACGAGGCGAAGGUCUUCAACCCCGAGAAGAAGAAGAGGAAGCGUGGAGGUUACGAAGAGGGUGACUGGACGCAGUUCCACGAAGUGCCCGUCUCUGAAUUCAUCCAGACCACAGACCCAAUCGCCAUGCUCGGUAGUCUGAACAAGCUCAGUUUUGAGCAGCCACCGAACGGAGAUGUUGCCAUAGCUACCAUUGACAAACUCAAGGAGACCACCAAGGAAGUAAGAAACUGCUGUGCCGAUCUGAAGGUCCUUGGUCGAGCCGACUUCAAGCGUCUCCUACGCUGGCGACUGAAGGUUCGAGACAUCUUUGGCUUUUCUGCGAAGAAGAAGGAAGAAGAAGCCGAGAAAGCGAAGGACGCAGAGGAAGGCGAUGAGGUUGCAGAGAUCGAGGACAUGGACGAUGAGAUGAAGAUUCAAGAAGAGCUGGAGCGACUCAAGGAGAAGGAUUCGAAAUCCAAGAAGAAGCAACGACGCAACGAAAACGAACGGAAGCAGAAGGAGAUUGUUCGCAUGCAGAUGAACAUGACAACGCCAUACGAAAUCGGUAUGGAACAGGCAGGACCUCAAGGUGACGAUGCCAUGUUUGCACUAAAGUCAGUUGAUAAGGCUGGUGCGCUCUCCAGAAUCGCUAAAGGCAAGAUGGCUACCAUCGUCGAGCGCGAGAGGGCCGACGAAUCUAGCGAGGAGGAGCAGGAAACUGACGAUGAGGGUGACUAUCUUGAACGGGAUCUCGACGAGAUGUAUGGCGAGUACGUUGAGCAACGAUCAGCCCGCGACGCAAAAUACCGUGCAAAGCGCGCGAAGAACGAAGGCGACGAUGGCGAGUGGAACGGUUUCUCAGACGAUGGCAAAGAAGCCAGUAGCGACGAAGAGCUUGUGCAGGAUGAGGACAGUGACUGGAGUGAUGAUGAAGAAGAUGGCCCCAAGGGCCUGAUCACAGAUUUGGACAAUGAGGCACCAUCAAAUAGGCCACUCACCAAAAGAGCAGAACGUUUCUUCGACCAGGAUAUCUUCAAGGGCAUCGAUGGGCUGGAUGAUUUGGAAGAGGACGACGACAGUGGCAUUGAUGUUGAGGACGCCAUGGAGGUGGACGUCAAGGAAGUUCCCGCGCCUAUCGCUGAAACCGCACUGCCUACCAGACCAGCCAAGAAGGCCUCAUUCGCCCCAGCCGCCGCCGACCCCGAUUCUUCCGACGACGAAGACAAGAUUGAAGAAGUCAAGCGCGACGAGACACAAUGGGAACAAGACGACAUGCCUAUGAAGAACGGCAAGCCCGACAUUGACAUCAUCACCGCCGAAGCCAUGACGCUCGCCCACCAAAUGGCCACGGGCAAGAAAACCAAACACGAUCUCCUAGACGACUCCUUCAACCGCUACUCCCUCCGCGACGUCGACGGCCUGCCCGACUGGUUCCUCGACGACGAAAACCGACACUCCAAAAUGCAACGCCCCGUCACCGCGGCCGCCGCCUCCGCCAUCAAAGAAAAACUCCGCGCCCUCAACGCGCGGCCCAUCAAGAAAGUCCGCGAAGCCCAGGCCCGCAAGAAAUUCAAGGCCGCCCAGCGCCUCGAGAAAUUGAAGAAGAAGUCCGCGCUGCUCGCGGACGAGGAGGGCAUGACGGAGAAGGAGAAGGCGCAGAGUAUUGCGCGGUUGAUGAGUAGGGCAGCGAAGAAGAAGCCCAAGCAGAAGGUUAGUGUGGUGGUGGCCAGGGGUGGCAAUAAGGGAAUCAAGAAUAGGCCCAAGGGCACGAAGGGCAAGUAUAAGAUGGUGGAUGCGCGGUUGAAGAAGGAUGUUAGGGGCGAGAAGAGGGCGGCGAAGAAGAGGAAGUGA